AUGGGCCUCCGCAUCAUUGAUGCGUCGGCCUCACGGCGCGAGAGAGCGAGGCGAUAUGAGUAUGAAAGAAACACGCUGCUGGCUGGCAGCGCCGGCAUCGACAUGGCUGCGCUGGUGCACCUGCGGCGCCAGGUGCGGUACCGACUGGAGGCGAGCGGCGGGGAGAAUGCGCUGGUGUAUGUCGACGCGGUGCUGUCACUGGCCAGCGUGGCCAUCUACGUCAUGACCACGUACAGCGUGUACAGCAUCGAUUUUGUCCUGUCCACGAUCGACCUGUCCCUGGCCUGCUACUUCGCGCUGUACUUUCUGCUGCGCCUGUGGCUGGCCGAGAGCCGCGUCCGCUUCCUGCUGAGUUGGUCAACGCUGGUUGACGUCAUCACCAUCGUGCCAGUAUUUGUGGCCUACCACUCAAGCAGCUUGGUGGCGCUGUCGUUCCUGCGCAUCCUGCGCGUGCUGAGGGCGACCAAGCGCCUGGAGAGCGCGGUGUCACGGGCGUUUGUCAACCUCGGGCUCACGAUGAUCUCGAUGAUGGUCGUGGCGGCGGCCCUGUUCUUGGAGGCUGAGCGGAUGGGCCCGAACAAGGACGACCCAGAGAUCAAGAUCCUGCACUUUCACGAGGCGCUCUACUGGGCCACCAUUACUCUGACCACGUUCACCGCGCUGCCCUACAUGACUGGCCGCCUGGUUGACGCGCUCAACACAGCCACCAAGUACCAACGCGGCAGCUACUCUCGAAGCAGCGCCGCGAAUGCGCCCGGCCACCUCGUGUUUUUGGGGCACCUGGAUGCCGACACCAUCGCGCGGCUCAUGGACGAGGUGUACCACGAAGAUAAGGGCUUCGACGACCGCCGCGCGGUGUUCCUGGCGCCGCUGCCGCCGAGCCUCGCGACGCGGCGCGUGCUGAUGACGCACCAGCACGCCGCCAAGAUGACGUACCUCCAAGGCACGCCCUUCCGGCCCCUGGACCUGGAGCGCACCCAGGUGGAGUAUGCCGAGGCGGUGUUCAUAGUCUGCGACAAGUACGCGCGGGACGCCGCCUACGAGGACAGGCGCCACACGCUGGCCCUGCUAGCGGUCGGGCAGUACCUCGCGGAGCGCGCCGUUGACCUGCACCACAAGUGGGACCUGCGCUGCUUCAGCUUCUGGGCGAGCCGGCCGCCGACCACGCUGCCGCACAUCGUGGUGCAGCUGCUGCUGCCUGAGAGCCGCCAGGCACUGCAGGCAGAGCUCCAGGCCCUCGGGGGCACGCCCGUCAGCAAGCUGGCCGAUGCAAAGGUCUUCCUGGCUUCCCAAUUAGACGACCCUGCGAGGUGGCACCAAGAGCUGUCUACGCGCGCCGACAGGCGGCGGGGCGCGGGGCCCCCGCGGCAGGGCUCGUACAAAGAUGAAUUCGAGGCGCCCGACGCGCCGCCGCAGCCGUCGGGCGGCGCGCGGCCGCCGGACUCCCUCCGACAACAGCAGGAGCAGCAGCAGCAGCAGCAGCAGCAGCAGCAGCAGCAGCAGGAGCAGGAGCAGAAGCAGAGGGCGAUGCAGGCGGACCGGGAAUGGCACAUGGCGCGCCAGUCCUCGCGGGGCGGCCCCGGCGGCGCCGCCAGCGGCGGCGGUGGCGGCCAGGCGCCCCACCAGCCAGGCGCGGGCCCCGGCGCAGGCAAGUCCUUCGCUCACGCGUUCGCCUCACUCGCGCCGGGCCGGCGGCGGCCGGCGGCGGCGGCGUACGAAGAUCUGGGGGAUGAGUCAGCAGAGGACAGCCUGGGGAUUGUGACUGGCGCCGCGUUCUGGCAGCGGCUGAGUCAGGGCAUCGAGGUGGUGUGUGUGGGGGAGCUGCGGGGCGCGCUGCUGGCACACAGCACCCUGGGGUGCCCGGGGGUGUCUACGCUGCUGGGCAACCUCUGUCACACCAUCGAGGGCCACAGCUCGCUGCACAAGCGCAAGGGCACUCCUAAGUGGUUGAGCAACUACAUCGCUGGAGCCUCCCAGGAGUUUUACGAGGUCCCCUUCUUCCCCCAGUGCCUGAUCGGCGUCACCUUCCGCGAGGCGGCCGCCUUUGUGUAUGAUGAGAUCCAUGCGCUGCUGGUGGCGACGGACUCGGCGGCGGCCAGGGGGGGCGUGAACCUGCACAUCAUGCCGCUCGAGCAGGUGUGUGUGUGUGUGUGCAGGCCCUGGCGAUGA